AUGCAGCAUAUCCUGGUUGUCGGUGGAAAUGGAUUCAUUGGGUCAGCAAUCUGUAAAGCUGCUCUUUCGCGUGGAAUGCAAGUGACCAGCGUUAGCUCUUCCGGUCGACCUUAUCAGACCCCAAAAGGACAUAGUCCAGCGUGGACAUCCAAAGUUCAAUGGAGAAAGGGCGACGCGUUAAAUCCUGACACCUUUGUAGAUAUCCUAUCGGAGGUCAAUGGAGUGGUCCAUACUCUGGGUACACUGCUGGAAGACGGGGAAUACAAAGCCGCACUCAGGCGAGGAGACCCUUUCAAGCUGUUUGGGUCUUUUUUGAACGGGGUGAUAGGACAAACCAAUCCCCUCAAGAAGUCGUCCCAGAGUGCACAAGGCACAGGAACAUAUGAAGUUCUUAAUAGGGAUACAGCUCUGCGCGUUUGUGAAGCGUUCGUCGCAAACGCAGCAAGAGUAGAAGGCCCACCCCGACCAUUCAUCUACAUCUCAGCCGAAGAUAUCUUCCGACCAAUAAUCCCUGCUAAAUAUAUCGAAACUAAGCGGGAAGCUGAACAAGGUCUAGAAUUGCUUCUUGCAAGAGAAUCUUACAGAGGCAUAUACGUGCGACCGAGCUUAGUAUAUCAUGCUCACUACCGCCCACUUACAUCUCCUGCGGCGGUACUUUUCGAUUUAUCCGCCAAUCUACACGCCAAGGCCCCAUUAGCCUUCCCAACUCCGUCAAGAAUCCUUCGACACCUUGCAUCAACGUUUCCCUCUUCGUCCGCUUCUCUUCAGUCGAUCGCCAACGCUAUGGUCAUACCGCCUAUCCAUGUCGACCAUGUUGCAGCGGCCGCGUGCGUAGCUCUUGAGCGGCCUGAUGUGAAGGGCGUAGUCGGUGUGAACGAGAUGAGGAAGCUUUUGGAAUGGCCCGAACGGUCUAGUAAACACCAGCCUGCGGGAGUUAAUAGUUUUUCGUGA